AUGACGGAGCCCGACUGGUUCCUGAAAAUCCGAGCACUUGGUAACCCUGUGACUUCAUCUGGGCUGUCGGAGCAGGAGAGCAUCGCCUGCCUCAAGCUGCCACUGGUGAUUCACUUUGUGCAGAGAAGUACAACCAGUGCUGAUUCUUUGUCUCCAGGUCAUGGGGAUGACUUUAGUGACUUCAACCUAGAAGAUGCCCUGUCUGAUGACCUCAGCACCAAGCGACGCUUUGAUUUGGCUGAUUACUUUGAUGCCCCUCUGGAAACCACCACCAAACCAGCCAAGCCGACUCCAAAGCCCUUCCCCAGGCCGGGGAAGCCAGACAGCAGCUUUUGGGAUGUCAUCCACAGCACCACAACCAAGCAGCCUAAAACUACGAGGGGCCCCCCCAAGCCUAACCCAGCAAAGAAUCCUAUGGAUUUUGACUUGGCUGAUGCCCUUGAUGAUAAGAACGAUAGGAAAGAUGGUGGGAGGCCGGACGUAAGGCCAGGUGAAGCAAAGAAUCCUAUGGAUUUUGACUUGGCUGAUGCCCUUGAUGAUAAGAACGAUAGGAAAGAUGGUGGGAGGCCGGACGUAAGGCCAGGUGAAGGCUUUUCAGACGAUGACCUGGCCAGCAUUGUGGACGGCGGCUACAGCCCAGACAAGAAGAAAGGUGCCGAUGGCAGGACAGACAGUGACCACGACGCAGGCACAGUGGCAGAGACGGGGACGAUUGCUGGCAUCGCCAGUGCCCUGGCCAUGGCGCUGAUUGGGGCUGUCUCCAGCUACAUCUCCUACCAGCAGAAGAAGUUCUGCUUCAGCAUCCAGCAGGGACUUAACGCGGAAUAUGUGAAAGGAGAAAACAUGGAAGCUGUUGUAAGCGAGGAGCCCCAAGUUAAAUAUUCAGUACAGGAAACACAGUCAGCACAACCACCACAGCAAGACAGUGUGAAGAUGUAA